AUGGUAAUGUGCGCUCGUCUAUUGGACAGGGACAAGAUGGCGGUCAACGCCGGAUCAGGCGUGAAGGUUCCUCGUAACUUCCGGCUCUUGGAGGAGCUGGAGGAGGGACAGAAGGGGUUAGGAGAUGGCACGGUGAGCUGGGGUCUGGAGGAUGAUGAGGACAUGACCCUGACCAGAUGGACAGGGAUGAUUAUCGGUCCGCCCAGGACAAUCUAUGAAAAUAGGAUGUAUAGCCUUAGGGUUGAGUGUGGUCCCAAAUAUCCAGAGACCCCGCCAUUCGUCCGAUUUGUCACAAAGAUCAACUUGAACGGCGUCCACAACUCAAAUGGUGUGGUGGACACUAGAGCUGUAUCAGCGCUGGCCAAGUGGCAGAACUCAUACAGCAUCCGUGUGGUGCUGCAAGAACUUAGGAGACUCAUGAUGUGCAAAGAGAACAUGAAACUGCCACAACCACCAGAGGGACAAAUUUAUACCAACUGAUAUUCAGCUCUGUUUCU